AUGCACCAUUAUUUUGAGCACUUGUUUGAAUUUCUUCUUAACUUUUCAGUUGAGACCAUUCCAAAGAAGACGAAUACAGAAUCACCUCCACCCUUACCUGGUGAUGAUAUUUCCGUUAGUGGCAUUGCCGCGACGACCUCUUCAGAUUCCUGGAAGCUUCUUGGCUUAACUCCUGAGAAAAAUGCACCUGAUCAUCCAGUACGUUCUUCCAUCUUCGAAAGCCGAUUUUCACCACUCAAUAUUGUUAUUCCAGUUUUUUGCGACUUUAUUUAG